ACGUGAUGGAACUAAAUAAAUGCAAUGUAACUACCAGGAAAUCCAUUUCAUUAUCACUUCCUCUACUGACGACGAAGAAGUCUAGCUUAACGAGACGAGAGUGCACAGGCCAUGAUGUUCGGGAGCUUGCUGUUUGCCGUGUGUUGUAGCGCAGCACUGGCCCAAUUCAACUCGAAUCUAGACCAGCACUGGGAGUUGUGGAAGAAGACUCAUGACAAGUUUUACUCCACCGAGUUUGAGGACCUCGGCAGGAGGGAGUUGUGGGAGAAAAAUCUUGAACUUAUCACCCUUCAUAACCUGGAGGCCUCCAUGGGCAUGCAUUCAUAUGACCUGGCCAUGAACCACAUGGGUGACCUGACAACAGAGGAAAUCCUGCAAACAUUAGCCACGACUCGUGUUCCUCCUGACUUUAAGAGGCAAACAGCGACAUUCGUGGGCUCUUCUGGGGCUCCUAUCCCAGACUCUCUUGACUGGAGAGAGAAGGGAUAUGUCUCCAGUGUGAAGAACCAGGGUGCAUGUGGCUCUUGUUGGGCGUUCAGCUCUGCUGGGGCUCUUGAAGGUCAUCUGAUGAAGACCACAGGGAAGCUGGUCGACCUCAGCCCUCAGAACCUGGUGGACUGUUCCUCCAGAUAUGGAAACAUGGGCUGCAAUGGUGGUUAUAUGGACCAGGCUUUCCAGUACGUCAUUGAUAAUGGCGGAAUAGAUUCAGAUUCAUCUUACCCUUAUGAAGCAGUGCAAGGGCAGUGCAGAUACAAUCCUUCCCAGCGUGCAGCAAACUGCACCAAGUACUAUUCUGUCCAUCAGGGAGAUGAAGAGGCCUUGAAGGAGGCUUUGGCCAGUGUCGGGCCGAUUUCAGUGGCUAUUGAUGCCACCCACCCUAAGUUUAUAUUUUAUCACAGUGGAGUUUACAAUGAUCCAUCCUGCACCCAACAUAUAAACCACGCAGUGCUGGCUGUGGGAUACGGUGCACUUGAAGGGCAGGACUAUUGGCUGCUCAAAAACAGUUGGGGUACUCCAUUUGGAGAUGGUGGCUACAUCCGUAUGGCCAGAAACCAAAACAACAUGUGUGGCAUCGCCUCAUAUGCCUGCUACCCGGUUAUGUAAAUGAAACCCUGUUGAAAUAUAUGAAUAUAUCAAAAAUAUCUACUUUCUUAACAUUAAAUGUGUUUUUUUGUUGUUGUUUUUACAUGUUCUUUAAAACAAAAUCCCAAAUCUUAUCGAAUGAGUAUCUUACUAAAUAAAUAAUGAAUUUUAAA